CUGGAUAUCUGGGCCCGGUUUCCCAAACGCAUCUUAAGGCAUCCAAUGGUUCUAAAGAUGAACUUAGCCAUAAGAUGGUUUUGAGAAACCGUUCCCUAAUUAACACUAGAGAGAAACGUAACUAUCGUGGACCCUCUGGGGAGGCUCAAAAACCUCAUGAAGCUGACAAGGCAGAGAAGAGUCUCUCCACGUCAGAACACCUCAAGAAUCACCUGCAGACAUCCACAGGGAAGAGAACUCACUGCUGCUCUGACUGUGGGAAGAUAUUCACCUCCUCAACAGGAAUUAAAAUUCAUCAGAGAAUCCACACAGGAGAGAAACGUUUUAGCUGUACUCAAUGUGGGAAGAGUUUUACUCAGUCAACCAGCCUGAUAUCACACCGUAUAAUACACACAGGAGAGAAACUUUAUAGCUGUGAUGAAUGUGGGAAGAGUUUUGUUACAUCUAGCUGUCUGAGUAAACACCGGAGAAAACACACAGGAGAUAAAUCUUAUAGCUGUGCUCAGUGUGGGAAGAGUUUUACUCGGCCAGACAGCCUGAUAUCACACCAGAGAAUACACACAGGAGAGAAACCUUAUAGCUGUGAUGAAUGUGGGAAGGGUUUUGUUACAUCUAGCAGUCUGACUAGACACCGGAGAACACACACAGGAGAGAAACCUUAUAGCUGUGCUCAAUGUGGGAUGCGUUUUACUCAGUCAACCAGUCUGAUAUCACACCGGAGAACACACACAGGAGAGAAACCUUAUAGCUGUGCUCAAUGUGGGAAGAGUUUUACUCGGUCAACCAGACUGAUAUCACACCUGAGAACACACACAGGAGAGAAACCUUAUAGCUGUGCUCAAUGUGGGAAGAGUUUUACUCGCCACUCAACCCUGAUAUCACACCAGAGAACACACACAGGAGAGAAACCAUAUAGCUGUGAUGAAUGUGGGAAGAGUUUUACUUCUUCUAGCAAGCGGACAACACACCAUAGAACACACACAGGAGAGAAACCUUAUAGCUGUACUCAAUGUGGGAAGCGUUUUACUCAGCUAAGCAACCUGAUAUCACACCAGAGAAUACACACAGGAGAGAAACCCUAUGGCUGUGAUGAAUGUGGGAAGAGUUUUACUCGUUCAACCAGCCUGAUAUCACACCAGAGAACACACACAGGAGAGAAACCAUAUAGCUGUGAUGAAUGUGGGAAGAGUUUUACUACAUCUAGCAUUCUGACUCUUCACCAGAGAACACACACAGGAGAGAAACCUUAUAGCUGUACUCAAUGUGGGAAGAGUUUUACUCAGCUAAGCAACCUGAUAUCACACCAGAGAACACACACAGGAGAGAAACCCUAUAGCUGUGAUGAAUGUGGGAAGAGUUUUACUGGUUCUAGCAAUCUGACUCGACACCAGAGAACGCACAGAGAUGAGAAACCUUAUAGCUGUGCUCAAUGUGGGAAGAGUUUUACUACAUCAAGCAAGUGGACUACACACCAUAGAACACACACAGGAGAGAAACCUUAUAGCUGUACUCAAUGUGGGAAGAGUUUUACUCAGCUAAGCAACCUCAUAUCACACCAGAGAACACACACAGGAGAUAAACCUUAUGGCUGUGAUGAAUGUGGGAAGAGUUUUACUCAUUCAACCAGCCUGAUAUCACACCAGAGAACACACACAGGAGAGAAACCAUAUAUCUGUGAUGAAUGUGGGAAGAGUUUUACUACGUCUGGCAUUCUGACUCUUCACCAGAGAACACACACCGGUGAGAAACCUUAUUGCUGUACUCAAUGUGGGAAGAGUUUUACUCAGCUAAGUAACCUGAUAUCACACCAGAGAACACACACAGGAGAGAAACCCUAUAGCUGUGAUGAAUGUGGGAAGUGUUUUACUGGUUCUGGCAAUCUGACUCGACACCAGAGAACACACACAGGAGAGAAACCUUAUAGCUGUGCUCAAUGUGGGAAGGGUUUUACUACGUCAAGCAAGCGGACUACACACCAUAGAACACACACAGGAGAGAAACCUUAUAGCUGUACUCAAUGUGGGAAGAGUUUUACUCAGCUAAACAACCUGAUAUCACACCAGAGAACACACACAGGAGAGAAACCCUAUGGCUGUAAUGAAUGUGGGAAGAGUUUUACUGGUUCUAGCAAUCUGACUCGACACCAGAGAACACACACAGGAGAGAAACCAUAUAGCUGUAAUCAAUGUGGGAAGAGUUUUACUCAGUCAAACAGCCUGGUACAACACCAGAGAACACACACAGAAGAGAAACUUCGUAGCUGUGACCAGAGGUAAUCUGAUAAAAGAUCUCUGAUCAAAUAUUAGAAAAUACAUGCAUGAAGGAGUUGUUUCAUGAUAUCAAUGAAUUCAUGUCACAAUGUAGAAUGUUAACACAUUGUAGUAGGAGUAUUUUAAUAGUGUCACAAUGUAGAAUGUUUGUAGAACCCUAAACCUUUGCACCCUCUUAUCAAUUGAUUUCAACAUGAUAUGGAUAUUAGCCUCAGGGGGAAAAUCCAGGCUCUGAAUUGAAAGAGUUACUAUUUAUGUGAUUUAACAAAAAGUGACUAACAAAAAAAGAGUUGUGUUACACUUACCUCGUUGGUGACCCACUUGAAUCAAAAUGUAGCUAGCUGUUUUCUACAAAUUGUCCUCGAACCAGGGAUGUACAUUUUUUUUCCCAGAUUCCGUGUGGUUUUUGAGCUGUUAGUUUUAACAGGACGUGCAACCUCAUCUGCCUCCUCUCGCACAAAUGAUUUUAGCAUGAUAUUGAUGAGUUAUGACAAAUAACAAAUAAGUGUUGCGUUCCUUUGUUUAGCGACCCCUAAAUUUAAAUGCAUCACUCCAAAAUGUAGCAGACAUUUCUGCAGGUUGUCCCGUAACCAUUGAGGUAAAAUAUAUCUCCCAUUUCCAUGUGUUUUGUUUAGUUGUGUUAGUUUCAACAGCAGGUACAACCUGAUUGUGUCAAGGUGGGCAGUCAAAGAAAAUUGUGUUUUGCAUUUGGCCAGUGAGUUGCCAUGGAUCUUAUUUUAACUGCAUGUUUUUCCGUAUUGGAGAUGAGUUUUGUUUGGGCUCGUUCCAAGGGGGACGAGAGUUCUAGAAGCUGGUGAGUUUUAGGAAGACGACAGUCGGAAGCUAAUUUUAGAAAUGUAUAUAUUUUUCUAUUUUUAUAAUUGUUGACAGCCAUCAGACAUCGUGUUUAUAUUGGUGAAGGUGAAGCAUUAUAAUGUGAAAGGGAAGUUGUUCUCUGUUGGUGGUAAGCAAACUUGUCCAACAAAAAUAAUGUGAAAUGGAAGUUGUUUUCUGUUGGUGGUAAGCAUACUAUUAAGGUCUUUGGUUUUUCCAUUUAUGUUUUAAGGUUGGACUUUAGCAGGUAUAG